CGCAAACGAAAACGUAGAAGAUCAGAGCUCUCUCUGGCAUUCUAGAAAAGCAACGACGCCGACGAUGGAGAGCUAGAAGUCGUGGCCUGAAGAGGGCAACGUUUCUUUCAACUUGGUCUUGAAGAGAAAGCGAGAACCAGCGACGCUGGAGAAGGAGCAGCAGGAUGGUGUAGCGAAGGUAUUGGACAAACAUUGCAGGCUUGUUUACACAACUUUCUGUUCCUUCUUUGAUAAGAACCGAGCAAAACUGGUGCAAGAAGCUUGGCCGAUGGUGGAAUCUUCCUUAGAAAAGUAUUGCAUUUCGUGCACACUUGAUCAGGCUGAGCGUUCCAUUACAUUCUCAACAACCUCAAGGACUAGGGGUCAAUUUCUCCUUCUGUUCCAGCAACAAAGUAUAAAUGCCAUACAAAUACUGGAUGGUCUGCAAUACGACAUCAUCCGGACUGGGUAUCACAAUGGUGGGUUUCGCUGAAGACUACCACUUGAGGAGCAGCUGUUCUAAUCUCUCUACUAUUGUCGGUAGGAGAAAUAUCUUGGACGGCAGAAAAGAAUUGAACACUCCUUACAGGAACUUGCAAACCAGUCACAGUGUGAUGUAUUUCUUAAUGGACGUUGUGGAAGCCUGCAUUGUAAGAAAUGUGAAGCCUGCAACUCUGUUCAGGUUGAUGAACUUUAGUCAUCAAUUGGGUGGACAGUCGGACAAUCUUGAGAUGGAUGUAUUAGGGUUUGAAACAGUAACGAAAAGAAAACGGACGGAGGAGAAGAGAAAGAAUGAUGUUCAUGUUGUCAUGUCCGAGCCAACAGCAGCUGCGAUGGAGGGGCAGCAUGGAGAAUCGUCGGAUCCAUUGGACAAAGCCCUGUUCGGCCCUUCGUUGAACAAAGCUGGCAUGCUCGUCUGUGGUGCCUUCUUCUCUGAAAAGCGAGCCAAAGUAUUGGAAGAAGAAUGGCCCAUUGUGGAAUCAUCCUUGGAACAGUAUGGCAUUUCAUGCACAAUUUAUCUGGAUGAGGGUUUCAUGACAUUCUCAACAACUAAGGAUCGAGAUACUAUUUACAAGGCUAGAGAUGUUCUUGAACUUCUGUCAUCGACUUCUGUUAAGCCCUCACUGGCAAUAGAAGUACUGAAUGGCAGGCUGAAGCAUGAUAUCAUCAAGACUGGGUAUUUUAAUGGUGGGAUUGGUUCAGAAUUGAAGAUUGAUAAGGAGACGUUCGUUAAGCAGACUGGACUUUUCAAAGCCUCUUUACAGGAUGUUGCUGAUGUGUCGCAUUGUUAUAUUUAUACCAAUGCAAGUUACCUCCCUUUUGUGAUUCGGAGGGGAACACUGUUGCUGCUCUGGCGACUGAAAAUGGACGAUUAAGCUUGGUCAGGGAAGUGGUUACACGCUGCAUUGCUAGCAAUGAGGAUCCAGCAAGUAUGAUCCAGGAGUUUAAAAGAACAAGAGUUUGAUCAUCUGUUGGGACUUUUGAAGAAUGGUUUAGGUUUAGGAGUUUGAUCAUCUGUCGGACUUUUGAAGUUUAGUUUUAGGGUGUACUGUCUAGUGCCCACUACUGGAGUAGUAAUAUUUGUUAAUGGUAUCUGCUUGAGGACCAAAGCUCUGGCUUUUAGCUUGUUUGAAUGGCAUUUGCAGAUUGUUCUUCACAAUGCUGAUUUUAUGUGGCGUGU